AUGUCUAGUGUAUAUCACGACUAUUCGACAUUUUCAAAUGUCACUAGUUUUGCCGACUCAUUCGCUAACUUUCGUCAACUUGACAACUUGAAUUGGUUCGAACAAAUAUGGGGAGCUUACUAUUAUUAUAUUGGUAAUGAUUUAUUCGCUACUGGAUUAUUAUUCUUUUCCGUCCAUGAAUUAUUUUACUUUGGAAGAUGUCUUCCAUGGGCUAUUAUUGACCGUAUUCCUUACUUCAACAAGUACAAGAUUCAAGAUGAAAAGAUUCCUUCCAAUAAAGAACAAUGGGAAUGUCUCAAGUCAGUCUUGACCUCUCACUUCCUCGUUGAAGCCUUCCCAAUCUGGUUCUUCCACCCAUUAUGUCAAACUAUUGGUAUCAGCUACCAAGUUCCAUUCCCAAGCAUCACUGAAAUGCUUAUUCAAUGGGCCGUUUUUUUUGUUUUGGAAGAUGCUUGGCAUUAUUGGUUCCACCGUGGUCUUCACUAUGGUGUUUUCUACAAGUACAUUCACAAGCAACAUCACAGAUAUGCUGCUCCAUUCGGAUUAGCUGCUGAAUAUGCCCAUCCUGUUGAAGUUGCUCUUUUGGGUCUUGGUACCGUAGGUAUUCCAAUUGUUUGGUGUAUGAUUACAGGUAAGCUUCACUUGUUCACUGUUUGUAUUUGGAUUGUAAUGAGAUUAUUCCAAGCUGUCGAUGCUCAUUCCGGUUAUGAAUUCCCAUGGAGUUUACAUCAUUUCCUUCCAUUCUGGGCUGGUGCUGACCAUCAUGACGAGCAUCACCAUUACUUCAUUGGUGGUUAUGCCAGUAGUUUCAGAUGGUGGGAUUACGUGUUGGGAACUGAGGCCGGUCCUAAGGGGAAGAAGCAAAGAGAAGAAAAGAUGAACAAGAAGAAUCUUUAA